UCAGCUAAUGAACCCAUUUCUGAUUUUCUGCAACUAUAUCAGUUUGUGUAGUUAAUAUUUUGCACAUAAAUGGCUCACUCCGGUUCAAGACUGGUAGUGCCCAUAGACUUAAAGAAGAAGCCAUGGGAACAGAAAUAUCCCCUUCACAACCGGUGGCAUCCAAAUAUUCCGCCAGUUGCAGAGGCUAAAGCUGGGGAACUCUUUAGAGUUGAAAUGAUGGACUUCACUGGAGGUUGUAUCACCCACAGUUACACUGCUGAUGACAUUAAGCAUUUUGAUCUCUCAACUGUCCAUUAUCUUAGUGGGCCAAUCAGAAUUCUUGAUAAUGAUGGCAUCCCUGCUAAGCCUGGAGAUCUGCUUGCUGUUGAAAUAUGCAACUUGGGUCCUCUCCCUGGAGAUGAAUGGGGUUUUACUGCAACAUUUGACAGAGAAAAUGGAGGUGGUUUCUUGACAGACCAUUUUCCUUAUGCCACAAAAGCUAUAUGGUACUUUGAGGGGAUAUAUGCUCAUUCGCCUCAGAUACCAGGUGUGCGAUUUCCGGGUAUAACACAUCCCGGGAUAAUUGGAACUGCACCAUCAAUGGAGCUAUUGAACAUAUGGAAUGAAAGAGAGAGAGAUGUUGAAGCAAAUGGUAUUCAGACUUUAAAACUAUGUGAGGUUUUGCAUUCACGACCCUUGGCAAACUUGCCAUCAACAAAAAGUUGUCUCCUUGGAAAGAUUCAAAAAGGGACUACUGAAUGGGAGAAUAUUGCAAGGGAAGCUGCAAGAACAAUACCAGGAAGAGAAAAUGGUGGAAAUUGUGACAUUAAAAAUCUAAGCAGAGGUUCAAAGGUAUACCUUCCAGUUUUUGUAGAAGGGGCAAAUCUCAGCACUGGUGACAUGCACUUUUCACAGGGUGAUGGCGAGGUCUCAUUAUGUGGUGCCAUAGAAAUGAGUGGUUUCUUAGAAUUAAAGGUUGAAAUUAUAAGGGGUGGAAUGAAAGAGUACCUUACACCAAUGGGUCCCACUCCCCUUCAUGUUAAUCCAAUAUUUGAGAUAGGCCCUGUUGAGCCAAGAUUCUCAGAGUGGUUGGUUUUCGAGGGCAUCAGUGUUGAUGAAAGUGGGAGGCAACACUACCUAGAUGCAAGUGUUGCUUACAAGCGAGCGGUACUCAAUGCCAUUGAUUACAUAUCCAAGUUUGGGUACUCCAAAGAACAGGUGUAUCUUCUGCUGUCUUGCAUUCCUUGUGAGGGAAGAAUAUCUGGAAUAGUGGAUGCCCCCAAUGCUGUUGCAACCCUGGCCAUCCCAACAGCUAUAUUUGACCAGGAUAUCCGUCCUAAAAAUAACAAGGUUCCAGUUGGACCCCGCCUUGUUAAGAAACCAGAUGUCUUCAAAUGCACUUACGAUGGGAACUUGCCCAUUACAAGGAAUCCUAGUGCCACAUCAUGAAUCGUAUUAGCUAAAAAUCACGUGCUUUUGUACCAUCUCCCAGGAGUCCUAGGCUUCAUGCCCUGAAAAUAAAGUUUGAAAUACAUUGACAUCUGUACCAUAUGUAACCGGUGGCUGGACAAUGCUGGAAAAAUGUAAUAAAAGUGCGUGUUUAGAUUAAUUUAUUUUGAGUUUAAAACAAUUU